AUGUCUUUCCCUCAGGACCCCCGGCGUCGUCGCGGUGGAGCCGGCACCGGUUUCAGCUCUACAGGUGGAAGAACUGCCAUGGGGUACUACAUUCCCUUGGCUUUAACUGUGGGUGUAGCUGCUGUGAGCAUUGCUGCAUGGAUUUGGAGUGAACGACACGAAGACGACGACGAGGAGGACGAAGUGCAUCAUGACGACGGACAAGGUCAUUACCCGCCCCCCCCCGGCGCUGCUGGAGGCGCUUACCCUCCACCGGGCUAUCCCGCAGGCCCCCCAGGGGAGUAUACGCGAGAUAUGGCUCCUGGUGACGCUUCAUAUGACCCGAGCUUCAUGGGUCGCAUGCAGGGCGCGUUGCGCCGAACCCCGAGCCCCCAACAGAUCUUUGAUGGCGCAAGCCGCAAAGUAGUCGCUGGAGUUGCUGCUGCGGGUCAAUUUGUUGGAGGCGCACUCACAUCUAUCAAGGAGGAAAACCGAGACCGAGGCGACUUUGAAGACCAUACGAGAUGGUCUGAAGAGGCUCAAACUCGGGCGACUGAGAGAAGCCAACAGCCAAUCGAGACAACCAUGAGUGGUGCACUACAGGGCCGCGCACCUGGACAACAUGCGUUCGAGAAGAAGAAAAAGACUGUUGUUAUUGUAGUAUCCUCUCUUACUCCCGUUGACUCGGAUGAUUUUGUUUCGGAACACGCCUCUAUUCUCUCUCACCUUCCUGAACAUGUGGACUUGGAUACAUCUCGCAUAUUUGUCUUGAUCUAUGCCCCGAACUUGAAGCAUGCCAUUGGUCAAGGAAGCGCUUCGCGCGCAACCCAGUCAAUCACCUCAUCCUACUCUAACAUUGCGGCCGAAGAGGCAAACUCUUCUGGCGAGUUGGUUGGCGGUGAUCUUGCCAAGGUCGAGCCUCGACAGGAUGAUGAACUUGAGGGCCAAUCACCUUCCUUCCGCACUCUCUAUACACAGGCCCAGGCUCUUGUUGAAAAGGAGAAUAUGAUCAUGCCUUUCAACACAAACAGUGGAUACGUCCACCUCGUUCGCCAUCUGUCACCAGACCUUGUCUAUGUUCAAGAAUCGUUGACAGGAGAUAAAGGUGACCCCGUUCAGCACAUUUCCGGUUGGGUUCGACAGGUCAUUGUCGUAGUUGGCGACGAGGGUGGUCGUGGCGGUCUCAUUGACAGUGACGAUGAGUCCGCUCUCGCCGACAAGGGAGAGAAAUGGUGGCAGAAAGAGGGUACCACCGGCAUUGGAAAGCGAAUCGAUAUAGUUGAUUCGCUCCGCGUUGGUGAUGAUUGGCGGCGCCGAGUGCGUGGCCUGGAUUAA